GUGUGGGGGUGUGUGGGGGGAUGAUGAUGAUGAUGGUGAUGCGAGCUCAGUGGUCCAGGGAAAGUUGGUGAAGAUGCUGCGUGUGAGGGGAUAGGAUCUGGACGGUGGAUGCUGUGGUUUGGAGAUCGCUUUGGGGGCUCCGAGGGCUUUGGCUGUGGCGGAGUUUUGAAAUCGACGAGGGUUUCGCUGCAGUGAAAGCGACUUGAGCGAAGACUCCAAACUGUGGCUGUGACGGAUGUGCACCGACUGAUCGCAGCUCAGGAUGCGGGCGCUGUCCAACCUCUUCAGCAUUCUCCUUCCUCUCCUGCUCUUCGGAUUCUACCCAUCCAAGACCAUUAGUCCGAAAGAAGGCUGGCAAGUUUACAGCUCAGCUCAGGAUCCAGAUGGUAGAUGCAUUUGUACGGUGGUGGCACCUGAACAAAACCUGUGUUCAAAAGAUGCACGAAGUAGACAACUUCGACAGUUACUUGAAAAGGUUCAGAAUAUGUCUCAGUCCAUUGAAGUGUUGAAUCUGCGAACCCAGAGAGAUUUUCAGUAUGUAUUGAAAAUGGAAACACAAAUGAAAGGACUGAAGGCUAAGUUUCGGCAAAUUGAAGAUGAUCGGAAAACACUCCUAACUAAACAUUUUCAAGAGCUGAAAGAAAAAAUGGAUGAACUUUUACCACUUAUCCCAGUUCUGGAGCAGUAUAAAACAGAUGCUAAGUUAAUCAUACAGUUUAAAGAAGAAGUCAGAAAUCUAUCAGCGGUUCUUACUGGAAUUCAGGAAGAAAUUGGAGCUUAUGACUAUGAGGAACUUCAACAGAGAGUUCUAAAUCUAGAGACCAGACUGCACGACUGCAUGAAAAAACUAUCAUGUGGAAAGUUAAUGAAGAUCAGUGUUCCAGUCACAGUCAAAACUUCAGGAACCAGAUUUGGAGCAUGGAUGACAGACCCUAUUGCAACAGAAAGAGAUAAUAAGGUCUGGUACAUGGAUGGUUACACAAGCAGCAAAGUUGUGCGUGAGUACAAAUCUAUGAAAGACUUUAUAAGUGGAGAGGAUUACAGAUUGUAUCGGCUGCCUUAUCCAUGGGCUGGAACUAACCAUGUUGUCUACAAUGGCUCUCUCUAUUUUAACAAAUAUCAGAGCAACAUCAUCAUCAAAUACAAUUUUGACACCGGGUCUGUUGUAGCUCAGCGAAGCUUAGAAUAUGCCGGCUUCAAUAACAUUUAUCCAUAUACCUGGGGUGGAUUCUCAGACAUCGACUUAAUGGCAGAUGAAAAUGGACUGUGGGCAGUGUAUGCUACCAAUCAGAAUGCUGGCAACAUUGUAAUCAGUAAGAUGGACGCACAGACAUUAGAGGUACUGAAAAGCUGGAACACUGGAUAUCCUAAACGCAGUGCUGGAGAAUCCUUCAUGAUCUGCGGAACCCUGUACGUUACAAACUCCCAUUUAACUGGUGCCAAGGUCUACUUUGCCUACUCUACAAAGACAUCAGCCUACGAAUACACAGACAUUCCGUUCCAUAAUCAAUACUUUCAUAUAUCAAUGCUCGAUUACAACGCAAGAGACAGAAUGCUGUACGCGUGGAACAAUGGCCACCAAGUGCUGUUUAAUGUGACAUUGUUUCAUGUCAUUAAGACUGAGGACGAGCUAUAAGCCCCGAGAUUUCUUGCUGUGGAGUAGUAACUAUGAAUCACUUGUUAAUGGUUCAGAUACAAUGCUGUUUCUAUUCAGUGUGAACGUUCUUGCUAAAGUUCUCAGAGAAGAUGUUUUUAACAUUAUUCUUUAAAUACAUCUGAGUCCAUAGUAAAAUUAACAUGCCUAUAAUUGAAAUCUUUAUACUCUAGACUCGUGUUUAAAUGUAACAUGAAGUGAUAAACUCUUUCAACAUCGCCAAACUGCAGAGAUGAAAACAGUCAAUUUGCCUUAUUCUAUACCAGAAGCAUCUGGUAGCUUAGCUGCAUGAAUGUCUGUGAUCUUUGGUUUUGUCCUUAAAAAGGUAAAAAGGCUUUCUUAUAUAUAAAUCAACUUUUGUAUAACUUUACAAACACAGUAAGGUGUGUUUUGUGGUAAUUAGCUCUGUGAUAAUAAAUUGCAUUUAGAUCUAGUGUAUUCUUUAUUCGUUCUGGUGCUACCAUUUUUAUUUGAUUGGACUUAAUGGAAUCUAUACAUUUCACAUUGUCUGAAUCUGUCAGUGUGUUUAAAGGCAUUGUGCAUUCAACUUUAUCUUGCUUUUUUUACAUCAAUGUAAAUGACCAUUACAAUACCCAUUGUGUAAAUGAAUUUCUUCUCUUGUUCU